AAAUUGUAGUCAAUGAAGCGUGAUUAGGGCAAAGCCCCUCCUGCAGAUGAUGAGGUAAAAGAAAGCAUAUAAAACCACAGAAUGGCAGGUUCCUUCUUAAGACGAAUGAGCAGAACAGAAAAGCAAGUCUAGAAGAAGAGGGAGAACAACUUCAGGGGAAUUUAAGACAAAACUGCUAACAGAAUUUUUAAUAUGCAGGGCAGCAUGAGAUUGUGGCUGGCUGGCUUGGUAUUUGCCUUCUGUAUGUUGAUCUGUCUGGUUCCACUGGCAGAUGCCUAUCCGUCAAAACCCGACAAUCCUGGAGAAGACGCACCUGCAGAAGACCUGGCCAGAUACUACUCAGCACUGAGACAUUAUAUCAACCUUAUCACAAGGCAGAGGUAUGGAAAGCGGUCAAGUCCUGAAACAAUGAUUUCUGAUUUACUGUUCAGAGAGAGUGCAGAGAGCAUCCCUAGGUCAAGAUUUCAAGAUCCUUCCAUGUGGUGAUGAUGAUGAUAUGAAGCCCAUAUUCUGUUGCUCCACAUUUUCAGCCCAUAAUUCAUUGCUAUAAUGCAAGCACCUCAUGUGACUAAUCUCCCAAAGAUGGACAGUGCAUGCAGCCAUUAUUCUGGAUUCUGUAGAAAGUUCUUUCUUGCGUCACAAUGUAUAUAAAUUUAUUUAAAUAAAAUAUUGUGCAUUCAAACAUGUUAAGACUUGAAAAAAGAAAACUAUUAUUUGUAUAGUAAAAAUUGUUUUGUGCUAUUAAAACUGAGUUUUAAAACCUUAAA